AUGUCGUCAAGUGGUGGAGGGCCCAGCGCAGCUGCGAGGCCAGUACAGAUAGACGAGUUUCGGACAGUUAUAAGAGACCUUUCGCAGCAGUGGUUGCAGCGGAUUAUGCAAGAGAUUGAGAAUAGUGUGAGACAUUUGCAAAGAUCUAAUGAUAGGCUUUCACGGUAUAUAACGAAGUUGCGCGGGGAACAGUCGCAAGAACAGGAUGAACUUGAUCGUGAGAUUGCAGAGGACGAUAUCGGGCAAAAUGACAUACAGUUGUUUCAAGAUUCUUUGAGGGAAAACGAGGUUGUUUUGGAAAAUUACCGGGAGCGUUUGAAGGCUUUGGAUGAAGAACAACUAUACCGUGCAAGUGGGAACAUAGGCGGUGGUGCUGCUAUGACGAAGGAUGUGAAAUCUACUUUAGUGCCCGAAUUUGAUUCUGAAAACGCUGAUGUGAAUGCAACGGCGCCCAACAGUGUUUAUUUGUGA